CAAGCUUGAAAUAUCAUUCCUACCGUUGAAAACUCAUUGAGCAAGACGCGUAUUUAUCCAGAUCGAACGUUUUUUAUUGCGGUAUUUAUACCUUUGGGUGUCCCUAAAUUAGGUACGCAAAAUAAAUUAUUUUUGAAUUAAUUAUGGGUGUCCGAAAUUUUAGAGUGUCCGAACGCUAACGUGAAUUACAGUAUGUAUGUAUACAGGGAUGAAAACUAACGGUUGCCCGUUCGCCCGAGGCGAGUUAUUUUCAGAUCGGGCGAGUUAAUUGUCUCAGAUGGUCUGGCCGGGCGAUAAGUUUUUUUGGGAACACGUUUUCUUUUUCAUUUUGCAAAUAUUCCUGUUGUAAAAAUGACAGAUCAAAUCAAACGGCAGACGCUUGUUUUCGCUUCGAGCAAAUGAUCAAUACAUUCACCCCUCUCGGCGCUAUUGUUAUAUCCAAUGAAAUCGCUCGAUACUUAUGCUCUGGCCUGAACAGCCAAUGAAAGUGGUCGUUUUAGUUUUAUUCUUUAUCGUAAUGGAGGCGCCCUAGUCGACCGUUGUUGUGACAUUUUGUAAACAAUGUGGCGUUUCCUAAAUGGCGCGAAAGAAAAAGGUAUGCAGUGUGAAUACUGUAUUGCACAAGGAUGUACACACUCUUUUGUUUCGGGGUGUUCUUCUCUGAAAGUUGAUAGUAUCAAAAAGCAUGAAGCAUCUGAUAGCCAUAAGAGGGCUGCAUCUAUUGAAGUUGCAAAAUCUAAGCCUAAAUUUGAAUCUAUAGGUGACAAAAUCUGCAAACUUUGAAUGCAUAGAUCUGUAUUUAAAAAGCUUUCACAUAUGCUCAGAACAUGCCAUGCAUUGUGGUUAUCAACAGCCGCCCAUUGACUGAUUUCUCAUGGAUGUGUGAUUUAGACUGUGUUAAAGGGUUAGACAUUGGAGAAACAUACAACAGAAAUCAUAAAUCUGCCCAAGUAUUUGUCAAUGCUAUUGGUGAUACAGAAUUUAACAAAGUGGCAACUGAAAUCUCCAAAUGUGGCUUUGUUUGCUUGAUAGGCGAUGGUAGUACCGACUACGGAAUUCAAGAGCAAGAGAUGUGGUAUUGUAGAACAUCAAGGCAUGGUAAAAUUCGGACAUUCUUUAUUGGGGUUCAUAAAUCAGAAAAAGCAGACGCUCAAGGUCUUGUCAAUGGGAUCAAAGAAAUUGUAUCCGAAAACUUGCAUUUGCAGUGGAAUGAAUUUUUGUUGAAGUUAAUUGGCCUAGCAUGUGACGGGGCAAGUGUCAUGUUAGGUUGUAGAGCUGGUGUGCGUGCUCUACUGAAAGGAUCAGCCUUCAUUGAUAACCAUUUAUUGUAUGGCAUAUCAGCUGGAACUUUCAAUUAAGGACAUGUCCAAAUCUGUGAAACUGUAUGAGAAAACUGUUGAUACUCUAUUACUUGGACUUUACCUUUUUUACCAAUAACAGUAGUCUCAACAGAUCCAUGCUAAAAAGGAGUUUUGAAGCCUUGAAACAGGAUGGUAAAGGUGAAUUGUUGAUGCCAGUCAGAGUUGGAGGGACUUGGUGGAUAGCCCACACAUUGAGAGCAGUCUCAAAUGUCCUUGGAUCAUACAAAUUCAUUGAAGCGCACCUUCAGCAGUUGAUCGAGACGUCAGAAAGGGUGGGCAGUGAGGCCAAAGCAAAAGCAAAGGCAUUCCUGAAGAUGUUACAGUCCAAAAGUGUUGUUUACUUUCUAAACUACAUGCUAGAUGUUCUGAGUCCUUUGAGACGGUUGUCUAAACUUCUUCAAGACAGACAGGCUAUACUGGCGGGUCAGCAUGCAGAACUUUCUUCAACAAUUAAAGUUAUCAGAAAGUACACAGACAGCAACAAGUUACCAUGGAGUUGGGCAGAGAUACAUGAGGUCAUGUCCAAGAAAUUCCAGAACAUCCUACCUGUAAUGGAUCUCAUCAUGACAAUUUCUCCAUCAAGUGCAGAAGCUGAAAGAGGUUUUUCUCAGCUAAAACUGAUUAAAACUAGAUUACGCACACGCUUGUCACAGUCAGUUUUGAACAACUUGCUAUGUAUUAAACUAGAAGCUCCAUCAAUCGAACUGUUUGAUCCAACUCAUGCAAUAAAUCAUUGGAACACUAGUAGACCACGUAUACGUUAGACCAACCUACAUGGAUAAAACAGAAACUUAAGUCCAUUGUGAAACACCAGUCAGUGGUGCUGCCACUGAACAAGUGACUGUUCAACAGAAAGAACAUGAUUUCUGUUGCUCAGACUCGGAUACUGAUAGUGACUUCUCAGAGACUGAAGACAACUGUGCAGUUUUUGAAAGACUACUUUUUUUUCAGUCGUGAAUGAUUAGUUAUAUGGUUUUAAGAAGGAAAUAAAAUUUAACAUUGUUCUUUCAUGCUAAAAAAUAUGGGCUCAUAGAUUUUAAGACGGGCAACCAAAACCCAAAAGUUGGUUGCCCAGACGGGCAACCAUGCUGGCAAAGUUAGUUUCCAUCCCUGGUAUACCUAGUAGAAUUCAUUCUUAUGCGUGAUUGGCUAGUCGAUGUUAUCACAUGAUAUUACCAAGUUAGGUCCAUAGCUUUAAUAUUCCAACUUUUAAAGGACUGCAAUUUUGGCGACACCGGUUCGAACCUGAUCUCCGACUCGAUUUUUUUUUUACAUUUUGGUAUUUUUUUUACAAUUAUUAGUCAUCGAAAUUAAGACUUUUGGAUAAAAAAGCCCGAAUUCUUAUACUAUUGCUUGGCAUCAAUUUUUUUAACAAGCCCUGCUAUAUAAAAUUCAGAAUUUGAGCAAGCCCGGAAGACAUUUUACCAGUGCAGGGCUUGCGGGCUUGUGCUAAUAUCGAUCACUGAAUUAUGAUAUCGAAGAGUAAAACCUUUUAUUAACCCUUUAGCGCAUGUAUACGAGAUAGGCCGACAUUGCUCAUUAGCAGAUGUAAACGCAUCUGGCCGACCCUAUCCACCACCAGUGUGCGAAAUUAACGGUAGCCCGAUCGCCCGUGGCGACAAAAAUUGACUCAGGCUAUAAAAAAAUCCUUUAAGGUAGCCCGACUGGCGAUGAAAUCAUCGGGCUUGUUGGUUAAAAAAAUUGCCAGGUAAAUGUUUACCUCGACACCGUUGACUGACUUCCGGAUAAUCUCUCAUUGUUAUGGAUAUUUUCUGUUGCAGUAAUCUCCCUUGUCAAGCAAUUAUACGCUGUAUAUUAUAUAUAUACUGCUUGAAAAUAAUUAUUUUGACGGAAAUCAUAUUUCUGACUGUCAAUACUAUUUUUUUUGUUUUAGUGAGAUAUCAAAGUUUGGAUGUUGUUUUUGUUGUGUGUUUUUUUUAAAUAAACUUGGAUUAUUUAGUCACCGAAAAUUAUGAAAUAGAUGUUUGUAAAAUCCUGUCACUAAUGCCACAAGC